AUGGCUCGCCUCUGCUACACCACGCCCAUGCCGCACCUCCGCCGCUGCUGCUCCUCUUCCACCUCGCCGCCUUCACGCCACUGGGACCCCCGACCCGCCUUUGCCGCGGCCACGGAGCGCGUCCGCGCCGGGACGCUCAGCCCUGAAGACGCACACCACCUGUUUGACGAAUUGCUACUGCAGGCCAACCCCGUCCCCGAGCGUUCCUUCAACGACUUCCUUGCCGCGCUCGCCCGGGCUCUGUCCUCCGCUGCUCUCAGAGAUGGACACUCCCUUGCUCUCGGCAUCUUCAACCGUGUCUGCCGAGAAGAAGCAGGGCCGUGCGUGACGCCACCCACAGUCUGCACCUACAACAUCCUCAUGGACAGUUGCUGUCGUGCAUGCCACCCGAACCUAGGCCCUGCUUUCUUCGGCCGCUUCCUCAGGACGGGCCUCAAGGCAGACCAGAUCGUCGCCAUCAACCUCCUCAAGUGCCUCUGCCACGCAAAACGGAAGGAUGAGGCUGUCAACAUGCUGCUUCAUAGGAUGUCUGAGUUCGGUUGUGUGCCUGAUGCCAUCUCAUACUCCAUAGUACUUAAGAGCUUAUGUGACGAUAGCAGGAGCCAGCAAGCGCUCGAUCUGCUCCAGAUGGUAAGGAAAGGAGGUGCCUGCUCCCUCGAUGUGGUGGCAUAUAGCACAGUCAUCCGCAGCUUCUUUAAGGAGGGUGAAGUCAGGGCAAUGGACAAGGCAAAGCUGGUCCUUCAGCAGAUGGUUGAUAAUGGUGUUCGACCAAAUAUGUAUACAUGCAUGGAACUCAUUCAUGAACAAAGAGUGAGUCCUAAUGUAUUCACCUAUGCAAUUGUAACAGCUGCACUUUGCAGAAUGGGCAGGCUGUCUGAUGCAAUGGACAAACUAAAUGAGAUGAUUGCAAUGGGAUUACAACCGAACAAGGUUGUUUAUCAUUCUCUAAUUCAGGGUUUUUGUACACAUGGUGAUUUGGUGAAAGCAAAGGCCUUGGUUUCUGAAAUGAUGAACAAAGGUAUUCCUCGUCCAAACAUUGUGUUCUUCAGCUCAGUAAUAAACAGUCUAUGCAAGGAAGGAAGGGUUACCGAGGCACACGAUAUCUUCGACUUGGCUAUAAACAUUGGCGAGAGGCCUAACGUUAUUACAUUUAGUUCACUGAUUGACGGAUAUUGUUUAGCCGGGAAGAUGGAUAAAGCAUUCGGAGUACUAGAUGCUAACACUUUUGAGUAUUUCAAGGAAAAUAUGUGCAAGAGAAUAAGUAGAUGGAAGUAG